UAGCGGUCGGUCGUUGCUGGUUGCGUCUCGCAGCAGGAAUUUGGGGAGUGGAAAUUCCGCUGUUAUACUUUCACGGCUCGCCUCGUAUUCCUGACAUUUGUGCUGUGAACACAGAGAGAGAAAGAGGCGGAGAGAGAAAUACGGAGUAAAAUCUGGAGAGUUUCUCCUCCGAUGUUCCUUGCGUUUCACUGAAAACCGGUUAACUACUGAUUUUUCCUCAUUUCAUUUUCCACUUGGAAGUAUCGAUCCUGUUUUCCCAAGGUUUGGCAAAUAAUCGCAGGCUGUCACCUCUGGAUGUUCCCCUUUUCGUGAUUCUUAAUUCUUCUCUGCUUUUUGGAUUAUAUUCUUUAUUUAGAUGGCAAGUUGUUCCCUGACAGACACAGGGAUCUGCUCCUGAAGCUCGCAGGAUGCUGGGGAGCCUACAACAACCAGACCUCUUACUUUGAGACAAUCUGCGCGUAUUUCUGUCGCUUUUGGACGUAAACCCUCCCUGGACGUUUCUCCCACCUUUAUUUUUCUUUGACAUAAUGUCUGUUUUGUACAAUCUAAGGAUGCGUAGUGGAUUGCUAUUGUUCCUUUUCACCCAAGUCAUCCUGGUUGCUUCGUUGACUCAGAGUGACAAAUGCGGGGCGAAUAUAGAGAUCGACAACGCGGACUACCUGACCUCCCCCGGAUAUCCAAGUGCUUACCCGCCCUCCCAGCAGUGUGUGUGGGUGAUCACAGCCCCGGAGCCCGGCCAGAAGAUCCUCAUCAACUUCAACCCGCAUUUUGAUCUGGAGGACAGAGACUGCAAGUACGACUUUGUGGAGGUGUACAACGGCGGGGACGAGCUUUCGCCCAUGUUGGGAAAGUUUUGCGGGAAGAUCGCACCGUCUCCGAUCAUCUCCAGCGGCAGCCAGCUGCUCAUCAAGUUCGUCUCCGACUACGAGACACACGGAGCGGGAUUCUCCGUGCGCUACGAGGUCUUCAAGACAGGUCCAGAAUGUUCCAGGAACUUUACGGCUCCCAGAGGCGUUAUCAAGACACCGGGCUUCCCCGAAAAGUACCCCAACAACCUGGACUGCACCUUCAUGAUCUUCGCCCCCAAGAUGUCCGAGAUCGUGGUGGAGUUUGACAGCUUCGACAUGGAGCCCGACACCACGCCGCCGCCGGGCGCUCUCUGCAGAUACGACUGGCUGGAAAUCUGGGACGGCUUCCCUGCAGUGGGUCCCCACAUUGGCCGCUACUGUGGCCAGACGUCCCCGGGCCGCGUGAUCUCCUACACGGGCAUCCUGUCCAUGACCAUCACCACGGACAACGCCAUCGCCAGAGAGGGAUUCUCCGCCAACUACACCAUGCGUGAGAGGAUCCUCCCCCCGGGACACGAAGACGAGGAUUUCGCUUGCAUGGAGCCACUGGGCAUGGAGUCGGGGGAAAUCUCCUCGGAGCAGAUCACCGCCUCGUCCCAGUAUAACUCCAACUGGUCCCCCGAACGCUCGCGGCUUAACUACCAGGAGAACGGCUGGACGCCGUCAGAUGACACCGUCCGAGAGUGGAUACAGGUGGACUUAGGAUUCCUCCGCUUCGUCACAGCCAUCGGCACACAGGGAGCGAUCUCCAUAGAGACGAAGAAGCACUACUACGUCCAAUCGUACAAAGUGGACCUGAGCUCCAACGGCGAGGACUGGGUCACCUUGAAGGAGGGCUCCAAGCAGAAGAUCUUCGAGGGGAACCAAAACCCGACAGACGAAGCUCGCUCUUUCCUCCCCAAACAAACUCUGGCUCGAUACAUCCGGGUCCGCCCCAUGUCCUGGGUAGGAGGCAUCUGCAUGCGCCUCGAGCUCUACGGCUGCAGGACGUCAGACUACCCAUGUUCGGGGAUGCUGGGCAUGGUGUCCGGUCAGAUCUCCGACGCUCAGAUCAGCGCCUCGUCUUACGCGGACCGCGGCUGGGUGGCUGAAAACGCUCGCCUGCUCACGGGGAGAUCAGGCUGGACCGGGCAGCAAACCAAGCAGCCCUUCAAGAACGAGUGGCUGCAGGUGGAUCUGGGUCAGGACAAAAUGGUGAGCGGCGUGGUUAUCCAGGGAGGGAAGCACCGCGACAGGAACGUCUUCAUGAAGAGGUUCAGGGUCGGACACAGUCUGGACGGAGAGGAGUGGACCAUCGUCAAGGAGGACAACACCAGCAAGCCCAAGAUUUUCCUCGGGAAUCAGAACCAGGACACCCCUGAGCUGAGGUCCACAGGUUCCCUCCUGACCCGCUUCAUCAGGAUCUACCCAGAGAGAGCCACCACUGAGGGGCUGGGCCUGCGCCUGGAGCUGCUGGGCUGCGAGCUGGACGAUAUUACUACAACAUCCGCCCCCACCACACCCGGCGCCUCCACCCUCCCCAUGACCACGUUCGGAGCGACCACCACCGCGCCCAUCACCAUCCCCGGCACGACCGCGGGCUCAGACUGCGAGGACGGACGCGACUGUGGCGGCGAGACCGACGCUCCGGAAGACUACGACACCGCGAUGGCAGGAGGCACCACGGCGGCCGAACCCAUCCUCGACUUCAUACCAGCAUACGUGUGGUUUGCCUGUAACUUUGACUUCUCGUCGUUCUGCGGCUGGACCAAAGAGACGGGGACGGGGGCAGAGUGGCUUAUCCAGGCCAACGGGGCCCCUACUGUCCACAGGGGGCCGACCCUCGAUCACACAGGCGGACCGGGGAACUUCAUCUACAUGCAGCUCGGUGACAGUGAGUUUCCGAGGAAACUUGGUGGUGAAGGCGAUGAUGAAGAGCAGAAGGUGGCCAGUUUAGCCAGCGUGCCCAUCCCGUUGACGGACGCCGACCUGUGCAUGUCCUUCUGGUACCACAUGUUCGGCGAGCAUGCGGGGGCGCUGCACAUCAAGCAGAGGAGGGAGGAGGAGACGGGGGGACAGAUCCUGUGGACGGUCAGCGGGCACCAGGGCAGCCGCUGGAGGGAGGGGAGAGUCCUGCUGCCUCACUCCAGCGUCUACUAUCAGGUGGUGGUUGAAGGCAUUGCAGAGAGACGCAGUGCAGGUCACAUAGCUGUGGACAACAUCCAGAUCAUAGAUGGACUCAGUUUGGAGGACUGCAAGGAUCCAGAAACUCCUACAUCUCCACCAACGGAGAUCUUCAUCCUACCGAUGGACUCCCUCUCCCAGGACAACGGCGAGCUGGGGGGCCCGGGCAACAUGCUGAAGACCCUGGACCCCAUCCUCAUCACCAUCAUCGCCAUGUCGGCGCUGGGCGUGUUCCUGGGCGCCAUCUGCGGCGUGGUGCUGUACUGCGCCUGCUCGCAGGGCAGCAUGACGGACAGAAACUUAUCCGCGCUGGAGAACUAUAACUUUGAGCUGGUGGACGGCGUUAAGCUAAAGAAGGACAAGAUGAACGGACAGAAUAACUACUCAGAGGCGUGAGGCGGGAAGAGCUGCGGGUAUCACUCUGCGCGGACAUUGCAGCCAAUCAUGUGGGAGUAAAAAACACGGGGUCCGAGGCCUCUAAAGGGACGGCAGGGUGGGCUGAAAGUGAGCCAAUGUAAUUUUUUUUUCUCAGGAGCGGCAGUGAGAAGGACUGACCUGCAGGGGGCACUGUGUAUAAAGAAUCUGUACAGCAAAAAAAAAAAAAAAGCAGAAAAACUAAGGAUUCUAUUUGUUUUUCGGUGUUGAUUUCAUGUAAUCACAUGCUGGUGUUGAGACCAAUUCAGAAGAAAGUAUUGUUUGUGUACUUUAUGGAAAGAUUUGUUUUGUUUGUUUGUUUGUUUGUUUUUCAGAUGUUGUAGUUUCACAGAGAGGAGAAUGUGGAAUUUGCUAUUCGGACAUAAUGGCUCUUUAGCUCGCCAUAUGUCCGUAUGAGUGUGUGUGAAAGAGUGUGUGUCACAUUCAUAUACUGUAUAUGCAUUUAAGGUGUGUAUCAUUCAGUCUAGAUGUAGGCAUGUAUGUGUGCAUCACACUCAAAUAUAUACGAAUUGCAAGCAUUUUACUGUGUGUGUGUGUGUGUGUGUGUGUGUGUGUGUGUGUGUGUGUGUGUGUGUGUGUGUGUGUGUGUGUGUGUGUGUGUGUGUGUGUGUGUGUGUGUGUGUGUGUGUGUGUGUGUGUGUGUACACGUGUCAAAUCCAUAUACAUCUGCAUUGAAGGUGUGUAUCAUUCGGAGUAGGCGUGCAUCACACUCAUCUGCAUACAUGAGUUGCAAGCAUUUUUCUUUGUGUGUGAGUGUGUGUGAGAGUGUGUGUGAAGGCGGUUGACCUGUGUCUAGUUCCAACAGUGCCUUUUUUUUCCUCCAAUUUUUCUGUUGCCUUGUUUUUCUGUUGGUUGUUGAACUCGCUUCAUCCGUCCGGGGAGGUUCCUACACAAAAACAUGGGGAAAGGUCCGUACUUUUUCCUAGAUUGUUAUUAAACUAAACUAUUGUUUAUGUUUUGGUAUUGUACGGUCGAAUAUCAAACGUCGGUGUUGAUUUUAAGCUCUUCUUGCCUUGAUGACAGUCGUGCUGACACGGAUAAAAAUGUCAAAAUCCAGAAAACUUUGGGAAAACUUUUGGACUUCAGAAUGGGAAAGUUGUAGGAGCCCUGAAAGCUUCAUGUUCAUGGCACAUGACACAUCCAACAUAUUGUACAUAGGUUUUAAUAUAUUUGAGCGCCCUUUUCUAUAGAAAACGACACCAGUGCCGCAGUCUCCUUUCUCUGUUGGAAUCAAACUAAUCCUCUAAAAAUGUACAGAGAAAAUAUUCAUUUGUGCUGGAUGUGGUUGCCAUUCUAUGAUAAUUUCUGUUGUUGUUGUUGUUGUUGUUUAGUUUCUGUUUGUGCUCUGAGAACAGGGAGGAUUUUAUAUCGAUGGAAAAGGCUUUGAGAUUAUGGAGAGAUGCCUCAUGGGAAGGGAGGUUUUUGUACAGGGUAACACGGACAACCUCACCAAAACGAUGACAGCUAGUCAAGAUGGAUUUUAAUAUUUUCACCACUGACAGUUUUCGCUGGCACACAAAAAUGACUUCUGGACCUUUAAGACGUGUGUGUGUCCAGCCAUCAGAGAGGCCUCCAACAGCAUCUUUUAUUGAACUGUGAGGAUGUGGAGGCUCUAAAUGAUGACUGUCCUGAAUGAAAAACAAAGAAAUUAUGUUUGCCAUGACAAUGCUGUACUCUCUGUCGGUGUUUUUCCUGUGUCGACUAUCAGAGGAGAAAUCUAGUGGCUAACUGCAGCCGAUCAUUCUGUCCAAUUCUUGCCCCACACAUCCCUUUCUCUUGUGCUAAAGUGGCCAUAAGACACAAUGAUGUCACAUUGUCAGAACAAAGAUCAGUUUACUAGCCAAUCAGAGCAGAGACCUAACAGAUAUGCUUUGCAAAACAAUAACGCUCAUUCACUUAAUUUGUUGUUUUGUAAAAAUCGGAAUUUUGAUUUGUAAUUUGCAGUGUCAACACGAUUCUGCAGCAGGAUCAUUUCAAUUAAUAAUUUUCUUAGCCUUAAAAAAAGGUCUCCUUUAGCUGGAAUCUAGAGAGAUCAGUGCCCUUUUACAGCAGCAGACUCAACAACUAAGGAAACCACAAAGGACAUAAGGACAAAAUUAGCUUAAACUUGAUUGGUUCCUUUUCAAACAUCUUAGUAAAAAAUUGGUUAAAAGCUGAAAUUAAUUAGCGUUUUCAAGACAGUGCAAGUAAAAAUGCUACGUUUUGUUUUAGCUUCUUUAGCUAACGUGUUGUGAUAAGUCAAUAACCUUGUCAACCUCGAACAGAUGUUCACUCUGUGAUAAUUAACAGGAAAGUUCGUACUCUAUGCUGACGAUACUUUACUAUAUAUUAAAAAGCCAUUUAGCAGGUUUUACAUGUUUUGUGUCCCCUGUUGCGCUGCACUGUGGAAGUUCUGCCCUUUUUAAUGUAGCAUCACAUGAACUAAAAUUGUGGUAAAAAACUUUAAUUAUUUCUUUGAGGAUGAGGUUUUACAGACAUGUUGUUGGAAAGGAAAUCCACCUCCUCAGUCAGGUUGAAUGAAAUCAUUGUCAAGUUGCAGUAAAGAACAUUACUGAUAAUUCCAAGGUGCUCUGACUGUCGAGAUGUUCAUUAUUUGCUCUUGAGAACGACGCUGGUUUUAAAAUAUCUACUACAUAUGUUUACAUUAGAAGACACAGACACAGAUUAUCAAAAUUAUAAUAAUUUCCGUCUGACCGAAUGUGGUUCCCACCCCCCCCCCCCCUUCAAAGAGAAAGGAUUCUGCAGCACUGAAAAACAAAAUGUUGCACUGAUAUAUUUAAAAAUAAAAAAAAGAAUCUGUGUUUAUGAUGUUGAUCUAUGAAAAGAGAGGUAGAAGAAGGAAGGAGAGGACAGUGUUAUUGUUGCUUCUUUUUAACACAGUUUCAGAUGACAGUGUUAUAAUUCUGAGAUGGUUUUCAUUCUCGAAAAAGCUUACUAUAUGCGUCUCUUUGAAACGUAACAAUUUUAUUUACUUGGUAUAAUAUCACCUUGUUUUUGUACCGUCACUGAUGUACGUGCCAUUGUUUUUUUCUUGUUUUUUCUUUGUAUGACAACAUUUUUUAAGUACUGCUUCUGUAAUUUUUUGCUCUCUCAGAUCUGGGAAAAUACAAGGAAAGGAAAUACGGAAGUGAAAAAAUAACAAUGGAAAAGCAGUGAGGCCUUACGUGACUAAAAGUAUUGUUUGUACUUUGACUUUCUGGUCAGACUCAUCCGUCUCUGUCGUCUCUGAUCAUCGACUAUUACAUUCCAAAGAAUUGGAUCAAAUAAAUGUUUUAAAUAAAAAAAGUGCUCUGCUGUUUCUGUCCCACCUCA